CGCGCGGCGUUCCUCCCGCUGGCCCCGGCCGCGGCGCGCCCCAGUGCCCCCAGCGACGGCGCAAUGGAGCGGCCGGCACCCCUGGCCGUGCUGCCCUUCUCGGACCCCGCGCACGCGCUGAGCCUGCUGCGCGGCCUGAGUCAGCUCCGCGCCGAGCGCAAGUUCCUGGACGUGACGCUGGAGGCGGCGGGCGGGCGCGACUUCCCCGCGCACCGCGCCGUGCUGGCAGCCGCCAGCCCCUACUUCCGCGCCAUGUUCGCGGGGCAGCUGCGCGAGAGCCGCGCCGAGCGGGUGCGCCUGCACGGCGUGCCGCCCGACAUGCUGCAGCUGCUGCUCGACUUCAGCUACACGGGCCGCGUGGCGGUGAGCGGCGACAACGCCGAGCCGCUGCUGCGAGCCGCCGACCUGCUGCAGUUCCCGGCGGUGAAGGAGGCGUGCGGCGCCUUCCUGCAGCAGCAGCUCGACCUGGCCAACUGCCUGGACAUGCAGGACUUCGCCGAGGCCUUCAGCUGCGCGGGGCUGGCGAGCGCGGCGCAGCGCUUCAUCCUGCGCCACGUGGGCGAGCUGGGCCCGGAGCAGCUGGAGCGCCUGCCGCUGGCGCGCCUGCUGCGCUACCUGCGCGACGACGGGCUGUGCGUCCCCAAGGAGGAGGCCGCCUACCAGCUGGCGCUGCGCUGGGUGCGCGCGGACCCGCCGCGCCGCGCCGCGCACUGGCCGCAGCUGCUCGAGGCCGUGCGCCUGCCCUUCGUGCGCCGCUUCUACCUGCUGGCGCACGUCGAGGCCGAGCCGCUGGUGGCGCGCUGCCCGCCCUGCCUGCGCCUGCUGCGCGAGGCGCGCGACUUCCAGGCGGCGCGCUACGACCGCCACGACCGCGGGCCCUGUCCCCGCAUGCGCCCGCGCCCCUCCACCGGCCUCGCCGAGAUCCUCGUGCUCGUGGGCGGCUGCGACCAGGACUGCGACGAGUUGGUCACCGUCGACUGCUACAACCCGCAGACGGGCCAGUGGCGCUACCUGGCCGAGUUCCCCGACCACCUGGGCGGGGGCUACAGCAUCGUGGCGCUGGGCAACGACAUCUACGUGACGGGUGGGUCUGAUGGCUCCCGGCUCUACGACUGCGUGUGGAGGUACAACUCCAGCGUGAACGAGUGGACAGAGGUGGCGCCCAUGCUGAAGGCCCGCGAGUACCACAGCUCGUCCGUGCUGGACGGGCUGCUGUACGUGGUGGCCGCGGACAGCACGGAGCGCUACGACCACACCACGGACUCCUGGGAGGCCCUGCAGCCCAUGACCUACCCCAUGGACAACUGCUCCACCACCGCGUGCCGUGGCCGCCUCUAUGCCAUCGGCUCCCUAGCCGGCAAGGAGACCAUGGUGAUGCAGUGUUACCACCCGGACACGGACCUGUGGUCACUGGUGGACUGUGGCCAGCUCCCGCCCUGGUCCUUCGCCCCCAAGACCGUGACUCUGAACGGACUCAUGUACUUCAUCAGGGACGAUUCCGCGGAGGUGGACGUGUAUAACCCCACGAAGAAUGAAUGGGACAAGAUCCCAUCUAUGAAUCAGGUGCACGUCGGGGGCAGCCUGGCUGUCCUUGGAGGGAAGCUCUACGUCUCAGGCGGUUAUGACAAUACAUUUGAACUCUCGGACGUGGUGGAGGCCUAUGACCCAGAGACCCGGGCCUGGAGCAUCGUGGGGCGGCUCCCGGAGCCCACCUUCUGGCAUGGCAGUGUCAGCAUCUUCCGCCAGUUCAUGCCCCAGGUGCCCCCGGGUGGCCGUGGCUUUGAGCUGGACAGCGGCAGCAGUGACACAGAUGUGGCGCGGCCCCGGCUGCCACAGAACCCCGACGAGCUGCACUAGCCCCGGCCCGGCCCGGGGAGGGCCUCGGCACAGGUACUAUGACAUGGCUGCGGUGGGGGGCGGUGAGCCCCCACCUCCGCGCACCAGGACUGGGUGGGUUCAGCAGGUGCAGCCUGGGCUCAGGCUGUGGAGUGAGCCUCAGGGUCUGACCCCGGAGACUUCCUGUGCUCAGAGAGCCUGAUACGCAGCUUCUGCGACCCCGACCAGUGGCCGACGCCCCUCCCUGGGUCCAGGAAGAGCAGCUUCCUACGGGCAAAUGUCUCUGGCUGCAGCAGGGAACUCCUCCUGCUGCCGCUGCCCCCACCUCCUUGCCCCCCCCUUAGAGAGGAGGGCCACCUGUGGGGUACAAGUCCUCCCCUGAGAGUCUGGGAGUGGUCCAGGCCUGUCCUCCCAGGCCUGCAGGCUCCGCUGACCUGGAGCAUUGGGAACCAGGCUGGCAAUGGCCGCAGUGGGGUCCUAGACACCGUGUCCAGUGCCAGAUAUCGCAGUGGGCCAGCUCCCCAGACAGAGGGCCUCUGCCUACCUGGCUCCAUCCCCCCUCGGGGGCGUCACAGCAGAACACUCCUUACAGGGGUAUGUGAUCCCAGUGCCCGCAGGCCAGUGGGACCGGAUAGGAGGGCGACCUUGAACAGGGGGCCCUUGAGGGAUAUGCCAGUGAACCUGGGCUGAGGCCAACGCUGGGUGUCCCUGUCCGCCCACCCCUCCAGGUGGUGUGUUCCACCUGACUGGGAGACCUCCAGGACCAUCUUCCUAGGUGUGUGCCGGAGAGGGCAAGAGCCCACAGGUGUCAGGUUGUAGCCUCUUACUGGGCAGCGCAGCCGGGCAGAUGGCUGCAGGUGCCCUCGCCCUCCCGUGGGAGCAGAAGCCUGCUGCUUCCAGAGGAGACCCUGGGCAGGGCAGCGGCCAUGGUUGGCUGCAAGUUUUGAAACACAGUGUGGCCCUUCCUGGAAGAAGGGGGUGGAGCUGGGGAGGGAGGCAGCAAGAAACAGUCUGGAUUGACUCUUUAACGUCUUCUGGAGCCGCUUCUGCGGGCGGGGUGAUGCUCCCCGCUCCUCCAAAGCCUGGGGCUUCUCCAGGAGAGUGGCGGGGGAGCUCUGGGAAGCUCCACAGCUCAGUGGCCCGUUUUCCUCUUGGGAGUGACUGGUCUUCUCUCAAGGUCCCCAGGUAGCCUUCAGUUGGAUUUGUCUUGCUUCCAAAGAGGAGGAUGUUUGCAUCUCCCUCCUUAGAAACAUGGAAAGCAAGUGUUUGUUGAGUUGCCGUUCCUAGUGAACGGAGUUGGAAAUGCGUUCGUACUGGCACUGUCCCUUCCUAAGUGGCACUGAAACACUUUCAUUGGCCACAGGGCAUGGGUGCUUCUGGGGAGGAAGCCCCAUGGCCUCAAGAGCUUUAGGCUAGGGUCCCCCCACAUCGUGCCCUGGUGGGGAGUCCUCACUAUCAGACCUGGGCCGGGACCCCGGGCUGGAGCACUCCAACUCGCGGCCAGCCCCUCAGUCGUGCCCCACUUUGUCACCUCCGCACACCCACUGUGCCCAGAAGGCGGGGUUGUGGGCCUUCCUGGGAUUCCCCUGCGCCGGGCAGGCCUGGCUGUGGGAUCCCUCGGGCCCGGGCUUCUUCAUGCCCCAGGUGUCGCCUUCACCCCUCCUGGUAGGAGUGUUGGUCUCCCCCGCCCAACCCCAGGGGUGGUCUGGCUCUGCGCUGCCCGGGCUGGGGAUGACUCUCCUCUGGCUCCGGUGCCUUCCCCUUGGAGGUCAUCCGUGCUCUGUGAAGCGUCUGUCCUUGGUUCCAGUGUGGGCAGAGGCUGCCCAGGCAGGAUGGCUCGUCCCCUGGCAGGGGAAGGGCAGGGCUGUGCCGCCCAGUACUGACGGAGCUCUGUGCCAGCCCCUGUGGCCUGCGCCCUCGGUGUGCGGACGUGUCACACAGGUAGAUGCGCGUCUGCAGGACACCCUCCCAGAGGAAGAAUGCAGGCCUGGGCCUCGUGGCGCGCUCUGCGAAGGCAGGGUGGGCAGUCCAGCGUGGACAUGUGCUGUGGUUGCUGGAACUGUCCCGGCCUCCCUCCAGCGGAACUGGGCUCUGUCAAGGUCAAGGAUUUCCCGCGGUCAGCAACUUACAGGGAGAGGUGUCCUGUAACGCUUUUCUGUUGGGACGGGGGCACUGCACACACCUUGUUUUCCAUACAAAACCAGGCUUUGUCGACCGCACAAGAGGCACAAUGAGGGCUGGUGCCCACUCAGGCCUCUGUGCGGCCUCUGCCGCAGAGGCUCCCUCAUGGUGGGGGCCCGUCUCGGUUCCUACUCCUCUCUUUUUGGUACUUUUCUGCGACGAGCUACCACGUGACUGACCACCCGUGUCCAGAGGCCACUCAGAUGGUGGUUGGCGUCGUGUGCACCAAUGACAGGCUCCGCGCUUGGGCCAGAAUCCGCAGGUCCCCUCCACCCGGACCCUGUCUUCGGUUUGGGACACCAGGGUGGGAAGGGGAGGCGGUGGCCCCGGCAGCACAGGUUCCAGCAGACCCCAGCAGGGGGUCCAGGGUCGGGCCGGCCCUCCCUCACCCUCCCUGCUCCCGGUGGCACUUAGAGAUGUCUGCACACUGGCUGGGGUCAGAGAUGGGUCGGCUCGGGGUAGAACCGUCUGUGUUGGAUGCACAGAACUUUUGGUCUAUGAGACAAAUUAAGUUAUGAAAAUUCAGUGACUGGUAUUUAAUGCUGAUUUGCUAUAAAGUAUUCUAUAUUUAUAUGAUUUCAGAGACUUAGUACUAAAGGACACACCCCAUUUGGUGUCCAACAUCUAGUUCCAGCCUCAGGGCAUGGGGCAGAUUUGCCUAUUUAUUUGUUCAAUAGGCCUGGCUGUCCGGGAUCCUAUUUAAGAUAGUAGGAUGCCCUCAGUAUAUACUUUUUCGAAAUAAAACUAUUUCCUAUA